GUGAAAACUCAAUUCCCUCUUUGGAUCAGUUUCGUGUUGAAGUGCUCUCUGACAGAAGGGAAAGUUUGAGCUCAGAAGUCUUUUUUUUUCUUUUGCAUCUUUUACAGCAGUUAGUGACUCUUCAUCCUCACAAGAUGUGCACUGGAAAAUGCUCCCGUUUCAUUGCGGUGACUCUGUACCCGUUAGCACUUGUAUCCAUCAUCUGUAACAUAGUGCUGUUCUUUCCGGGCGGGGACGUCAAGUAUGCCAAAGAUGGACACAUUACAGAGGAGGUGAAAUACAUGGGGGGGCUCAUCGGAGGGGGUCUCAUGGUGUUGCUGCCAGCACUUUACAUCCACUUGACUGGAAAACAGGGCUGCUGUGGGAAUCGCUGUGGGAUGUUUCUAUCUAUCGUACUCGCCGCUGUGGGAGUGGCCGGGGCUCUGUACAGCUUCUUAGUAGCAGUGCUCGGUUUGCAGAAUGGACCUCUCUGUAAAGUUUUUCUGUUGUGGAACACACCAUUUAAAAACGGUGAGCGAAACUACCUGUCUGACAAGACCUGGUGGGGAGUGUGCACCGAGCCAAAGAACAUUGUGGAUUUCCACAUUGGCCUGUUCGCGACUCUGCUGGCUGUCAGCUGUCUGGAGCUGAUCUUGUGCGCCAUCCAGAUGAUCAACGGGCUCAUUGGCUGCCUGUGUGGAACCUGCAACAAGGGGGUAGUCUGAGAUGGAAACAGACUCCUCACCGAUGAAUGGUGCUCUUUCAGUGAUUAAUUUAAUAUUUCCUACUCUUGUUUUUUCCCCCUUUAUUUUUUAUAUUUUUUACCUAAAUCCCUUUUGAGGUCAUGACCAUAGCACAAAGUAGUUUUCCGUCCACGUUUAUAUAAAUAUUCACUUUGAUAUUGUCGUUGAAUGUAUUUCCCUACAGAUUUCUAUUCUUUCUAUGUAUAUAUCAUGAUGCUUAGCACUUCAUUAUGAUUAGACACAAAUAUGACAUAUUUGGAAUAUAUUGCAGUAUGAUGUUAAAGCUGCUGUGAGGAACUUUUGUUUUGUAUCGAUUCUGGUGCCCCCUUGUGGACAAAGUGAUGCCUCUUAUCUCUUGUCCUAAACAUGCAAAAAUAGUGUUUUCAACAAAAACCUCAUCCUGUUGUCUUUUGACAGUCAACUUUAUCAGGCAAUGUGAUUAUUUUCCAUGAAAACAGUCAAAUAAAGGCUGUUUCUGAAGCGAGAUGUCCAUCAUCUGGUCUCACACCUACCCCCUCAGGGCGGUUUCAGGCAUUAAAAAUGACAACAGAGAAGGUAUCAGUGUUGCUGCUGAUGGUCUAGUUUGCUAUCUACUGGUAUCAUUUUCAGUCUGUUUCUUAGCAAGUUCAAAACUCCUCACAGGGCCUUUAAAAUGGCACAGUAUGUGUAUUUUUUUUUUUUUUUUUUUUAAAUAAAACUGUUUUUA